CUCUCGGGAAGUAGUAGCAGAGCUCCAUGGGAGACCGACGUCAAUUUCUCGUCUUCAGAGUCGAGCGUAGUGCUUCCCUCGGACGCUGACCUAGAGACCAAGGCGUUCGUGGAGGACAUGAAUGAGAAUUGGAACGAGAGAAGAAAACCCAAAGAGGAAAAGCAGCAGAGUGAGAAUGGGUCGUCGCUUUAUAGCUUGGAUAGUAUUAAGAAGGAUUACAGGAUCAAGAAACAAAGGAUUCACGCUGGCCUUUGGAUGAAGGAGAUUGAGAAGCAAGAGGAGGCUAAGUUGGCCGACUCGAAUUCUUUUGGUAGUGGGGACGAUAUCGAGCGAUUGCUCGAUAGCUGCUCCGACAUUUUUUAUUAUGCCAACAACAAUUUGGAAAACUCUAAAGCACCGAGUGCUUCCGACUUCAAAAACAAACCGGACGGUUGGGAAACGACAUCCAAGGCUAAGGAUGGAAAUGUAUGGGAGAUGACACAGAGAGAGGAAGAUAUUCUUCUCCAAGAGUUUGAGCGUCGAAUUGCGUACAAUAAAUUUCAGAUUGCUAGUUUUAUCAAGACUCACAUAUUUAGCCGGAGGAGACCAAUUGAUGGGUGGAAAUACAUGAUAGAGGAGCUAGGGCCAAAUGCAAGGAAAGGGAAGGGUUCUGUUACAAGAUUACCAAGUCUAUCCGAUGCAUCAACCCAACCCUUUAAGGAGGAAAACAGUGCAAUGAGUGGCAGCAGCAUUAUGCCCUUUAAGGAGAGGUAGUUUGCUUUUGGACUAUGUUCAUAUAUUCCCGUGUGCUCGGAGAUUUCAGAUAUUGGGCAGUAAUGACCUUCCUUUGUUUAGAGAUACCAGCGUCAAAAGUAUUCAUAGCUACCGUAUAAAUUCAUUCUGGCAAUUUUGAUCUCUGGCUUUCUCAAUGUAUGAUCGUACCAUCCUAUAGGCAACUGAAUGCAAUUAAUGUAAGUGAAAGAAUGUAUGCAUUUCCUUCAAACCUGCUGUUCCAACUUCUGAAUGGCAUAUUAACUUAUAAGCCUUCAAUAUGGUUUCAAUGUAAAGAAUACCCUUUUUGCA